UCCCCCUAAAAGUAAAGUUUAGGGGCUCCAGGUGGUAGUGAAUGCACUGCUAGAUUUAGACUUAAUCCCAUGAGCUGAACCGUUGCGCUGGGAGUCGUUCAUCGGGAUGUGGGAGAAGGACGGACGAGUUGCCUCAACUCCCCAGGCAAUGGGGGAGGGCCCAUCAUUUAGGCGCCAUCCGAGUUCCUGGAAUGGACUGCAGUUGAACGAUGAGUGGUCAGUUCGGACGUUUCUUCACAGGGUCAUGAGUCGGCGUCAGGGCCGUCAAGUCGACCACCUUCAGUCUUGAGGCCCGCUGAGCCACACUGUCGCAUGGAUUGCUCCGCAUUUCUCCUCGGCGAGAGAAUGAAUUGGGUAGACUACGAUGUUGUGCGACUUUGAUGUGCCAGACAAUGCCAGGUUACAGGUGUGUGAUCC